UUGAUCGACUCGUUCCAUAACUUAAAUGUGAUAGUUUUUACUGAUAUAACUACCUAUAUAAUUAGAAAAAAGCGAAAUACAGGACCUAAAUAUUUUGAUGUGUUAAAUAAAAAAUUAAAUGUCAUUAAAAUAUUUUAAAAAUUUUAACUUUCCUAACACGAACCCUAAAUUGAUAGUAUAUACCUUCGGUUCAUCUUUUUUAUAGAAAUUACAUUGUAUCGGCAGCCAGUCGACAUUACAAAGUUGAGACAAUUAGGUUCAACAUGUUACGAAUGAUUGGCCUGCUUUUUGGAAUAAUGUACUCUUUUAACGGUGUAUACUCAGGUCGUCUAUUAGGUUUAUUUCCACAUCCAGGAAAAAGUCAUCAAAUGGCAUUUGAUCCGUUGUUAAAAAAGCUCGCCGAACGGGGUCACGAUGUUACCGUAGCAACUUUUUUCCCAUUAGAAAACCCCCCUUCUAAUUAUACAGAAGUAAAUCUUCAAGAACUUGCCGAAUUGAGAUUGGAGUCUUAUGAUGUGGGAAAAUAUGAAUUUCCGAGUUGGUUCAUGAAAAUUCCUGUUAUUGGAAGUAUUAUCGACCAGUAUGAACAACAUACAGCCUUAGGAGAGGCAGCACUGAACAUUUGCGAAAAGCUGACGAAAUUCCAACCCUUCAACGAAGCACUCAAAAAAGAAUAUGACGUCGUAAUAACUGAGAUCCUAAACAGCAAAUGUGUGUUUGGUCUAUUAGAGGUUUAUGCAAUAAAGGCGCCAAUAAUUGCGAUGUCAUCCAGUAUAAUGAUGCCAGGAGACGCUGCAUUAAUGGGAGCAGAUGACAAUCCGUCGUUCGUUCCAGGAAUCACUUCGGCUUAUUCACAUAGGAUGUCAUUCUUGCAACGCUUGGAUAACACGAUUGCAUAUCUAUUAUUCAAGCAAUAUUAUGAAGAAAUAAGCAGAAAAGAACGAGCAAUCUUAGAACGACAUUAUCAAAAAAGACUACCAGAUUUGCACGUUCUUUCAAAGAAUAUAUCGUUAAUAUUAAUAAACACUUUCCAUGUUCUUGAUGGGGUGUAUCCCAGUGUGCCUGGUAUCAUUGAAAUUGGUGGAAUUCAUAUCUCAGAACCAGUCGUUAAAAAUAUACCCGCUUACAUCGAAAAAUUCUUGAAUGAAUCCGAACACGGUGUUGUAUUAUUCAGCUUCGGUUCGCAAUUAAGAACAACAUCGAUAUCUCAAUACAGACAAAAUGUAUUCAUUAGCGCUUUUUCGCAAUUGAAACAAAGUGUGCUCUGGAAACAUGCAGACAGUGCGGAUGAAGGAACUCCUGUUGGGAAGAAUAUUUUAAGAGUAAGAUGGCUCGAUCAAUACGAAUUAUUGAAGCAUCCAAAAGUUAAGGCUUUAAUGUGCCACGGUGGCAAGCUGGGUAUAACAGAGGCUGUAUCAGCUGGAAAGCCCAUAAUUGUAAUACCCAUGUUUGCGGAACAAAAAGUCAAUGCAGAGGCGAUCAAAGCUGCUGGUAUCGGUGAAGUUUUAUCUCUGCCACAUCUCACAAAACAAAACCUAGGCACAGCCUUGCAUAAUGUGCUCAGUGAAAGAAUGCAAGAAAGAGCCCGCCUAGUGUCCAAGAUGUGGCACGACAGAGAAUCGUCUCCCCUGCAGACGGCAGUCUAUUGGACGGAGCGAGUGGCCCGUUGGGGACACCAGUCUCCGCUUUACUCCGAAGCUAAACACCUCCCCUUCUAUCAAUACGCUUUGCUUGAUGUUCUAGCAUUCCUCGUUAUAUUGCUUUCUCUAGUUAUAGGCAUCAUUAUGUAUACAGUUCUUCUUUUUCUUAGGUUUAUGAACAGAAGAAUAAAUAAAGAAAAGUGCCUGUAGAUUAUAUGACUAUUUUCAAUAUAGGUAAUACACGCAAUGGGUCAUAGUAAAAUUAUGAAUUAUGAUUAUUAUGUUGAAUAAUAAAACCAAUAGAAAAAAAUCUUGCUACCUAAGGUAUAGUUGCUUCAUACCAACGAUCGUCCAUAAUGAAGUUUCAUUGAUUUGUAAGGAAU